GACGCCUUUUGCCCAGUCCCUUCUCACCUCACAUGUUCCUUUCCUUCCGAGACUUCUCUCUUCUUCAAGCUGUGUCGCCGCCGUCGAAUCUGCUCCAGUCGCCGUCCCCACUGCCCCAUCGCCGUCGCAACUCUUCUCUGCCAUCACAACUCGUCGAAUCGUCUCAUUGCCACUCCUCCGCAAAGCGUCUCCUUCAAGCCGCCUGUCGCUCCUCCUCCGCGCCGCCUCGCAGUCCACCCCCGUGCCUCCUCUGCAUCGGAAUCGAGCCUCGUCCGCGCCGCUCCUGGUCCCGAAACGCGCCACCUCCACCAGAUUCUCCCCGCAUAGGAUCGAACCUUGCAGGAAACAAUGAAUCCAUGAAAAAUCGGUUGUUGAGGAGGAACAAUGGCAUGGCUUGUGAUGAUCGCUUCUCUGAUUCUGGUUACAUGGAUCGUUUCACUCUUCACAAUCCUCAUUCUCUCGUUCUUCCCUUUCACCAAUCUUAGAGCUGCACCUCUUCGCAAGAGGAACAACGUCUUGCUCGUGAUCGCUCAUCCCGAUGAUGAAUCCAUGUUCUUUACUCCAACUAUUAAUUUUCUGACUUCAAGACGGCACAAUGUUCAAGUACUUUGCUUAUCUAUUGGUGAUGCAGAUGGUAAAGGAAAUAUCAGAAAAAAAGAGUUGUUUCAGGCUUGUGUAGCCCUCAAGGUUCCCAUGCAACAAGUGAAGAUUGUCAACCAUCCAGAUCUGCAGGAUGGUUUUGGUAAGGUUUGGAACCAUAGUUUAUUGGCAAAUAUUAUAGAAGAACAAAUAACCAGCCACUGCAUUAAUAUGAUUAUUACUUUUGAUAACUAUGGUGUCUCAGGUCAUUGUAAUCAUCGAGAUGUGCAUUAUGGAGUAAGCAAGCUACUGUAUGAUACUUUACAAAAGGAUAUCGAUGUCUGGGAGCUUGUUAGCACCAACAUAUUGCGAAAGUAUAGUGGUCCCAUUGAUAUCUGGUUGACCAUGAUUUGGGCCAUGCUUCACUCAAGUGGAACAAUACAGUACUUGGUAAACGAACAUCCACGUAGGAGCUAUUGUGCUAUGGCCCAGCACGCAAGCCAGUGGGUCUGGUUCCGCAAGCUUUUUGUUACUUUGUCAAGUUAUACGUAUGUGAACACUCUUAGAAAGAUACAACAUUGAAAGAGUUUUGAAGAUCAGUUUGGUAGCUGUAAUUGCUGCAAUAGUGUUUGCCAUCAUGAGGAGCGUGCAUGGAAGUUUUCUCUUGGUUCAAGUCAUAGAUUUAGCAUUUUUCACAUCCUUUCGUGUUCUUCAACAAAACCAGAGCUAAUUUUCUUCGAAUAUCCUAGAUGAUUACUUGAGUUUGUCAAAUGUCAACAGUGCUCAACAUCGCAGAUUUUGCUUUCUUAGUUUACAGAAAUUGGUAUUGAAGUGACACAAUGAAUGUUUCUUACAACUGAUAUAUUAUCAAUUAGCAAAUGGUUAUGAUCAUCCUUUA